AUGAAGCUCAACAUUUCGAACCCAACGACGGGCAUGCAGAAGCUGGUGGAGAUAGAUGACGACAAGAAGCUGUACCCGCUUUUCGACAAGCGAAUGGCUAGCGAGGUUUCGGGAGACUCGCUGGGCGACGAGUUCAAGGGCUACGUCUUUCGUAUCGGUGGCGGGAAUGACAAGCAAGGUUUCCCCAUGAAACAGGGUGUCAUGUCCAACAAUCGUGUGCGCCUCCUUUUCAAGAAGGGCAUGUCCUGCUACCGCGAGCGCCGCUCGGGCUGCCGCAAGCGCAAGUCCGUGCGAGGCUGCAUCGUGGGCCCAGACCUGGCAGUGCUGCACUUGGUGCUGGUGAAGAAGGGUGCAGAGGACAUCCCAGGCCUGACCGAUGACCAGAAGCCUCGGCGCCUCGGACCGAAGAGGGCCUCGAACAUUCGGAAGCUCUUCGGCCUGGAGAAGAAGGACGAUGUGAGGCAGUUUGUCGUCCGCCGCGAGAUCAAGGAAGGCAAGAAGACCAAGGCACCAAAGAUUCAGCGCCUCAUCACCCCCCAGCUGUUGCAGAGGAAGCGAUACUUCAAGGCCAUCACCCGCAAGCGCAUGGAGGCCGGAAAGGAGGCCAAGGCUGCCUACGCCCAGCGCCUCAUCGAGUACCACCAUGAGCAGAGGGAGGCCCAUGCCGCCGAAGUGGCCAAGAAGAAGAAGAAGUCGGAAGGCAAAACAUUGGCCCGGAGCGUCCAGACCUUCAUCCUGAGGUUGACAUUUCUGGCACCAGCCAGUGAGCCAGCCCUGCGAGGCCGGGCGCCUACCCUCCGCAACCCUAGCCGCGCGCAGGGUCACGCAGGAGAAGGUUUCGGGCUAGUCUUUGGAGGAGCUGCCCUGGCCCUGUGUGUUGCCGUGCGAAGGAGGCAGGAGGACAGAAGCCUGACUUCGGUCUGUGCUGUGACAGAGGUGGCGCAGGUGAAGCUGUCCAAGAUCAUGGGCGGGAAGGCCACGCCAGCUCCACCUGUUGGCCCCGCGAUCGGGGCGUUCGGCCUGAACAUUGCAAUGUUCGUGAAGGAGUACAAUGCUCUGACGGCGGACAAGGUUGGCCAGACCUGCCCCUGCAUUGUGCACGUUAUGAGCGACAAGAGCUUCAAGAUUGAAUUGAAGACUCCCCUCACAGCAGCGCUCCUUCACAAGGCUGUGAACAAGCAGAAAGGCUCUGGAAAAGCAGGUACGGACAUCAUCGGCAGCAUUAGCAUUGAAAAGCUGGAGGAGAUUGCCCAACUGAAGUUGCCGGACUUGAACUGCGAGGACAUCACGCGAGCCAUGAAGAUCGUGCAUGGAACGGCCGUUGCCUCCGGCAUCAAGGUGGACGGCUACGAAGAGUGGCUGGAAAAAGCAGUGCCGAAGCCAAAGACAAUCAUGGACAGAUAUGGUCCAGGGGUCGCAAGGCUGCCAGCGCCGUGGGGCGAGGGACCACCGCUGGCAGACACGGGAGACGAUGCAGCAGCUGAGGCCGUACCUGAAGAGGCUGUUCCUGAGGAGGCUUAG